UCGAGUAGUUUACUCUUGUAUUAUUUUGCAGAUGCUUCUCAAGUUGACCCUAGAAACAAACCUGUGCUGCAGAUGGGCACAGCAGUUGCUGUUUCCUUUGCCAUUUGUAAAACUGCCACUUCUUUUAGUCGAUUUUUCGGAACUCAAGGAUGUGAUCUGCCUGCUAUUACAGCAAUAGUUGUUCUUUUAGCAACAGCAUUUCCCGCUUAUUUUAGAAACCUUGCAAGUGCUGGUGAUGAAAUUCCGAUAGUGUUAAUGCAGGUUUUCUUUGCUGUAGUGGGUGCCAACGGGAGUAUUUGGCAUGUCAUCAAUACGGCACCUAGUAUUUUUAUGUUUGCUUUAGUUCAAGUAACAGUCCAUCUUAUUGUGAUUCUAGGCUUAGGAAAGCUGUUUGGUAUGAACCUAAAGAUGUUGCUUUUAGCAUCCAAUGCUAAUGUUGGAGGUCCUACUACAGCUUGUGGAAUGGCCACGGCAAAGGGUUGGGCCUCUUUGGUUGUUCCCAGUAUUCUUGCUGGGAUAUUUGGGAUUUCCAUUGCAACGUUUCUCGGGAUUGGAUUUGGAAUGUUUGUUCUCAAACACAUGUAACUUGAUGGAUUGUUGUGGGUAUCAUUUUCCCAUAUUUCCUUAUAUAAAAUGCCUAUACUAACCAAAUGUAUUUAAAAAGAAUUAUUCCGAUA